CCCGCCGGUGGCGGAAGAGACACACUUCCGGUGGCCUCACUUGGAGUCAGGCAGCGGGCGCGCCAGGAAGGAAGCAUUGUGUCCAGCCAUGGUUCUCAUCAAGACAAAAAAGAUAAUUGAGCUUCAGAAAAAGACUGCCAAUAUCAGAAAUAUCUGUAUUUUGGCUCAUGUGGACCAUGGGAAAACCACGUUAGCUGACUGUCUUAUUUCUAGCAAUGGAAUUAUUUCUAACCGAUUGGCAGGAAAGCUGAGGUAUUUGGACAGCCGAGAAGAUGAGCAGAUUAGAGGCAUUACAAUGAAAUCAAGUGCAAUUUCAUUGUUGUUUGCAAAAGACAAUCAGGAGUAUCUCAUCAACCUGAUAGACUCCCCUGGCCAUGUGGACUUUUCAUCCGAAGUGUCCACAGCUGUUCGACUUUGCGAUGGCUGCAUCAUUAUCGUCGAUGCUGUGGAAGGAGUCUGCCCACAGACACAUGCAGUGCUGCGACAGGCUUGGCUAGAAAACAUCCGUCCCGUCUUGGUGAUUAAUAAAAUAGAUCGCCUCAUAUUGGAGCUCAAGUUUACACCUCAGGAAGCAUAUGCUCACCUUAAGAAUAUCUUGGAACAGGUGAAUGCAAUCACUGCAACUCUCUUCACCUCUAAAGUCCUUGAAGAAAGGGCUGAAAAAAAGGAGGAAACCCACCUGCCUUCUGAUUCUGCUCACGGAGAUCAAGUUUAUGACUGGAGUGCGGGACUGGAAUGCACUGACGAUUCCCACCUUUACUUUUCUCCAGAUCAAGGAAAUGUGGUAUUUGCCAGUGCAAUCGAUGGCUGGGGUUUUGGCAUUGAACAUUUUGCUAAACUGUACAGCCAGAAAAUGGGAAUAAAACAAUCGGUGCUCCUGAAGACACUAUGGGGAGAUUAUUAUCUCAAUACAAAAGCCAAGAAGAUCAUGAAAACUGACCAGUUGAAAGGAAAGAAGCCUUUGUUUGUGCAACUGGUGCUGGAAAACAUAUGGAGCCUCUAUGAUGCAGUUGUGAAAAGAGACAAGGAGAAAAUUGAUAAAAUAGUUGCCACCCUGGAGCUGAAAAUUGGUGUUCGUGAAUUAUCUCACACUGAUCCGAAGGUUCAGCUCAAUGCCAUCUGUAGCCAGUGGCUGCCAGUAUCAGAGGCAGUUCUUUCCAUGGUCUGUAGUAAACUCCCUAGUCCUCUUGAUAUUUCUGCUGAGAGAGUUGAAAAAUUAAUGUCUGUGGGAACUAAAGCAUUUGAUUGCCUGCCUCAAGAAACACAAGAGCUGAAAGACGCUUUUAUGAAAUGCAGCAGUGAAGAAAUUGCCCCGGUUAUUGUCUUUGUUUCCAAGAUGUUUGCAGUUGAUUCUAAGAUGUUGCCUCAGAACAAGCCAAGGCCACUUUCACAAGAAGAAAUAGCUGAGCGGCGUGAGCGUGCAAAGCAAAGGCAUGCUGAAAAGUUGGCUAACCAGGGGCUAGAGCCAACACAACAGACUUCUGGAGGAAAUUCAGAAGACCAUUCUUUAAAGGACGGAAUGCCAAAAGGGGAUAAUCAGGUGCCUACGAUGCUCCCAGCAACACUGAGAGAAGAAGUGGAAAACAAGGAUGCGUUUAUUGCUUUUGCAAGGGUCUUCAGUGGAGUUGUGAAAAGGGGGGAGAAGCUCUUUGUUCUUGGGCCAAAAUAUGACCCUGCUGAAUCAUUGCAAAAGCUUCCUCUUGGAUGUUCUGCUUCGGAUGAUCUGCCCUCAGUGCCUCACCUGUCUUGCUGCACCGUGGAGGAACUCUAUUUACUGAUGGGAAAAGAACUAGAGGAUCUGCAGGACGUACCUUCAGGGAAUGUUCUAGGAAUAGGAGGAUUGCAGGAGUUUGUGUUGAAGUCAGCCACACUCUCAUCCUCUCCCGCUUGCCCGCCAUUCAAUCCACUCAACUUUGAAGCCACACCAAUUGUCCGAGUUGCCAUUGAGCCAAAACACCCAAGUGAGAUGCCUCAGUUGGUCAAAGGAAUGAAGCUUUUAAAUCAAGCUGAUCCUUGUGUCCAGGUCUUAAUCCAGGAGACAGGAGAGCACGUGAUCAUCACGGCAGGAGAAGUCCACCUUCAGCGCUGUUUGGAUGACUUGAAAGAGAGGUUUGCCAAGAUAGAAAUUAGUGCUUCGAAACCCAUUAUCCCGUUUCGAGAAACUAUAACAAGGCCCCCCAAAGUCGACAGGGUGAAUGAAGACAUAGGGAAGCAGCAGAAAUUUGCCGUUAUACAUUCCGGGAAAGAGGAUCACAAUAAAAUCCCCGAAGGCGUGCAGGUGGAUUCCGAUGGGCUCAUAACAAUAUCAACUCCGAACAAAUACACAACUCUCGGGGUCCGAGCAACCCCCCUCCCCGAGGAGGUCACUAAGCUCCUUGAGGAAAACAGUGACUUAAUUCGCACCAUAGAGCACUUUGCAUCUAAUUUUAACGAAGGCAAGAAGACUGAGAUGAGUCCUAAGACUCUGGAACAGAUGCAGGAGUUCAAACAAAAACUGGAGCAACAUCUCCAGGGCUGGAAAUGGAGGAAUGCCAUCGAUGACAUCUGGUCCUUUGGUCCCCGAAAAUGUGGGCCUAAUAUUUUACUGAACAGAUGUAAAGACUACAAGAGAUCUGUUUGGCAGUGUCUAGAAGGAGGCAAGCCCUCAAAGGAAUCAAGUCUGCAUCGGGAUUUUGACAACAGCAUCGUAAGUGGCUUCCAGUUGGCGACGCUUUCGGGGCCAAUGUGUGAAGAACCGCUUAUGGGUGUUUGCUUUUCGGUGGAGAAAUGGGACCUGAGCAGAUUCGAAGAGCAAGUGACAAUGAGCAGACAAGAUUCAGAAGAAGGGAAGGCGGCGGAACAGCCACUGACGGAAGGAGCACCCAGAGCCAAAGAUCUUGAAUCAGGAUCAGAGAGUGACUUCCAAGAUAGCAAGCAGCAUUGUCUCAGUUCUUCUAAUAAGCGUAAAGAAGAUGCUGCGGUUGCUGAUUGCUAUGGACCUUUAUCUGGACAGCUAAUUGCAACCAUGAAGGAAGCAUGUCGUUAUUCUAUGCAAGCAAAGCCACAGAGGCUAGUAGCUGCCAUGUACACCUGCGAAAUUAUGGCAACUGCAGAGGUGCUCGGCCGUGUCUAUGCAGUCCUGUCCAAGAGAGAAGGCCGGGUGUUGCAAGAGGAGAUGAAAGAAGGGACGGACGUGUUUAUUAUUAAGGCGGUGCUGCCAGUAGCGGAGAGCUUUGGCUUUGCUGAUGAAAUCAGGAAGCGGACAAGUGGCUUGGCCAGUCCACAGCUGGUGUUCAGUCACUGGGAGGUCAUUUCUGACGACCCAUUUUGGGUCCCAACCACAGAGGAGGAGUACCUGCACUUUGGGGAGAAGGCGGACUCUGAGAAUCAGGCGCGCAAGUACAUGAACGCGGUGAGGAAGCGGAAAGGACUUUACGUGGAAGAGAAAAUUGUGGAACAUGCUGAGAAGCAAAGGACGCUCGGCAGAAACAAAUAACAGGCUCCAUCCACUUCGGCAUCUCAGUUAAGUGGAUUGUCUUCUAAAACGGAGUCACCUUGGAUACACUGCUCUUUGCCCAUUUUCUUACUGUCAGAAGUGUGUGGUUUGAGUUUUAAUAAACCUAAGCCUUCUCAA